GUCUUUGUAUGAGUUUUCUAGGGUUGUCAUAACAAAAUACUACACACUAGGUGGCUUAAACAACAGAAAUUUAUUUUCUCACACUUCUGGAGGCUGGAAGGUCAAGAUCAAGGUAUUGACAAGGUUGAUUUCCUCUGAGGCCUCUUUCUCGGUUUGUAGAUGGCGGCAGUCUCCCUCUGACUUCACAUGAUCUUUUUUAUUUUGGAGCCCCCCGGAGCCCCACCCCCCCGUGCCUCACGGCAUGUGGCAUCUUAGUUCUCAGACCAGGGGUUGAACCCACACCUGCUGCUGUGGAAGCGCAGAGUCUUGUCUUAACCACUGGGCCACCGGAGAAGUCCCACAUGAUCUUUUUCUGUGUGUCCUAAUUGCUUCAUCUCUUAAAGACAUCAGUCAGAUCAGAUUAGGGUCUACCUAAGAACCUCAUUUUAACUUGACCUUUUUAAAGGUCCUAUCUCCAAAUAUAGUCACAAUCUAAGGUACUGGGGGUUAGGAGAAGUCAAAGCUCCAUCCAUCUUAGGUUUUCAUAUAGGACUCUUUUUUUUUUUCAGUUUUGUAUUUUUUAUUAGUAGGCUUUAUUUUUUAGAACAGUUUUAGAUUUUUCAGAAAAAUUGAGCAGAUAGUACAGAGAAUUGUUGUAUACUUCCCCCUGCCCCUACCCCCGCACACACAGAAUUUCCCCUAUUAUUAUCAUCUCACAUUAGUUGGUACAUUUCUUACAAGUAACUCUUCAGUGGUUUCCCAUUGCUCUGAGAAUAUAAUCUAGAAUCCUUGCAACAAUCUAUAAAGUUCCCCAUAAUCAGGCCCUGCCUAACUCUCUGAACAAUUUCCUCUUGUCUACUUUGCUCCAGCCAGGCCUUCUCUUUCUUCCUCACACAUAAUAGAACUGUUCUUACCUCUGAGCCAUUGCACAUUUAUUCCCUCUGCCUGGAAUACUUUCCCCCUAGUCUUUACUUAUUACUCAUUCAUUCUCAUCUUUUCUGGCUUAACUCACAUGUCACAUCCUCAGAGAGGUCUCCCCAACCACACUACCUAAAGUUGGAUUCCCUCAACAAAUUAACCCAUACAGGACUCUUCAACAAAGAGAUUAACAAGAACAAUACAAAAAACAAAAAGCAAGUUUAUUAACACGUAGAGCUUAUGUAUACAUGGGAGAUAUCCAGGGAAAAAUGCAUAACUCUCCCAUGUGGCUUAGAAUUUAGGCUUAAAUACCAUCUGAGUAGGCUUUCCUGCUGGCGCAGUGGUUAAGAAUCUGCCUGCCAAUGCAGGGGACAUGGGUUCAAGCCCUGGUCGGGGAAGAUGCCACAUGCUGUGGAGCAACUAAGCCCGCGAGCCACAACUACUGAGCCUACGUGCCACAGCUACUGAAGCCCACGUACCUAGAGCCUGUGCUCCGCAACAAGAGAAGCCACUGCAAUGAGAAGCCCGUGCACCACAACGAAGAGUAGCCCCCACUUGCCGCAACUAGAGAAAGCCUGCACGCAGCAACGAACAGCCAAAAAUAAAAUAAAUAAAUUUUUUUUUAAAAGUACCAUCUGAGUAGAGAAAGGGGGAGGGGAAUGUAGGCCUCUUAGGGGGGAAUAAAUAAUUUCUAGGAAAGAUGAAUGGGCCCUUAGAAGAAUGAAUGGGAGGUAUGAUAGUUUAUGACAAAAGUGGCCUGGAUAUGAUAUAGAAUUCUAAUUUCCUCUCCUGUGAUAUGAGAUGAAACUCCCAGGAAGGUGAUUUAUGACCACUGAGUUCCUUUUGAAGGCUCUGUCUUUAGGCAGUUAAGGGGAGUUCAGAGAAAGCCUCUCCCUGCAUUUGCUGUUUUUCAAGUGCCUACAGCUCAAAAUAAUCAAUAUGCCAGAGUGGCAUAUUUUGGGGUGGCAUAUUCUGUUACCAUCACUGGCUCCUCCCCUUGGGAGGUUAACUAGGCUCCCGAGCCCUCCUCCGGGAGCCACGGCAUCAGGAGGACAUCCUCCUGAUGCUGUAACUGGAGGGGCUGGCAGCCUGUUCUGCCUCCUCCCUCAGUGUGACAUAUGCUGCCAUUAAGGGAUCUUAUGCACCUGCCACAUGCCAGGCAUGGGGCUAAGCAUUUAUCUUCUGGACUGCUCACAGUAACCUUAUGAUGUGGAUGUGAUUAUUAUCCCCAUUUCACAGAUGAGGAAACCGAGGUUCAUGGGGCUAAGCCUCUUGCCCAAGGUCAUAUGCAGCUACCAAGGGGCAGAGCCAAGAUCUGAACCCAAGAUGUCUGACUCCACUAUUCAUCAUUGACUGACUUUUUCUUUUUUUUUGGCUGCGUGGUAUGUGGGAUCUUAGUUCCCCAACCAGGGAUCGAACCCGUGCCCCCUGCAGUGGAAGCACGGAGUCCUGGACUGCCAGGAAAUUCCCCUGCCUGAGUUUUCUCAGCGCCAUAGUUCUCUGACCUUGCAUCUGUCCUCCUAUAGUACUCCAUGUCUCCCUGUCCCUCUUACUAGUGCCCUUUCUCCUCCCCGCAAGACUCUCACAACCCCUGCCCAAGCUGAGGUUUCUCUGAGCUCUCUGGGUCUCCAUCCCCCAGAGGAUGCUCUCAGGCCCGCUGCUAAUUGAGCACGUAUCCCACACUCCUUGCCCUUUGGCAGUUCAGAGUCAGAAUCUCUUGACAGUAUCAGGUCACAGAGGUCAAGGGAGUCUUUCAAGAAUGAAAGAUACCAAAUAAGUUUAGGACUCAGGAGGGGCCUACUGGAUUCAGCAAUAAGGAGAUCUCAGGUGUCCUUGGUGGUGGCAGAGGUGGAAGUAAAAGAGCUGGACCAAAAAGAAGAGAGAUGCUAAUAGCUACAGUAGCAUUUCAUGCUUACCAAGUGCUUUAUAAAUAUUAAUUCAUUUAAUAGUCACAACAGCUCUGUGAGAUAGAUACUAUCAUUCGGUUUCCCCAAGGGGAAAUUAAGGACAGAGAGGUUAAACAGUUUGCUCAAGUUCAAGGUCACAAAGGUAGUGACCUUGUGAAGUCCGAAUUUAAAAAUCUGGGCGGUCUGGCUCCAGACUCCAUGCUGUAAACUGCCAAGUCAUAUAUACAGCUCUCGGCUGUGAGGAGGGGAGUGGGCAUUGAUGGUUAGGACUGGAAGAGAAGGAGAGGCAAGAGCCAGAGGAGGAUAAAGAAGGGUGGGGGAAAUGAUUUACAGGUGGAGUGGUUCCCUCUCCUGGACCAUAAACCAAAGGGACCUGACAGCAGCUGGGAAGGGAGAUAAAGUGACUGACCGAGGAAGGAGGGGCUGGGUGGGGCCUGGGGACUCCUCCCUCCUGGGGCAAGCCUUCAGGUUCUGUACCUUUACCCACAGCUCUGUGGGAAAUUCACAGCCCAGUGAUCCAGAGAGUUGGUAACAGGCAGAUGUGAGGGGGCCUCACAUGGGGAUGGGGGCUGAGGACUGAAAUGCAGCAGCUGGGCUGCCCUCAGGGAGCACUGUCAGAGAGAAGCUACCAGGACUUCAGGGCCUGAGCUCCCCCAGUCCCAGGGCCUGGCUUCCCAGGUACCAGAGACUCUUUAAGUGGUAAGCAGCCCAGAAUGCUCUAGAAAAGCCACAGAUCAGAGCUUGGGAAGGGGCUGCACGGCCAAGAUAGCUGAGGCCCCAGAGCUGGUAUCUUGCCCUUCCCAGGUCAGGUCCUGGGUCUUCCAGACCUCCAGGACACACACAUGGAGUCCUGUUCUUUCCACAUAUGGACAUCUCACCUGGGCCCUGGAAGGAGAACAUAACUUGUCGGGCCAUGAGUUGGCUUCCAGACCUUGCUCAUCCAGGGAGUUUCUUAUAAAAAGUGGGGAGGGGGACCCCUCAGGUUAAAAGAUACAUGCACCCCAAUGUUCAUUGCAGCCCUAUUUACAAUAUCCAAGACAUGGAAGCAAUGUCCAUCGACAGAGGAAUGGAUAAAGAAGAUGUAUUACAUACAUAAAUGGAAUAUUACUCAGCCAUAAAAAAGAACGAAAUAAUGCCAUUUGCAGCAACAUGGAUAGACCUAGAGAUUGUCACACUGAGUGAAGUCAGACACAGAAAGACAAAUAUCAUAUGAUAUCACUUAUAUGUGGAAUCUAAAAAAAGGGUACGAAUGAACUUAGUUACAAAACAGAAGUAGAGUCACAGAUGUAGAAAACCAAGGUGAUGGGGGGGUAAAAUUGGGAGAUUGGGAUUGACAUAGACACACUACUAUAUAUAAAAUAGAUAACUAAUAAGGACCUACUGUAUAACACAGAGAACUCCUCAAUUCUCUGUAAUGGCCUACAUGGGAAAAGAAUCUAAAAAAGAGUGGAUAUAUGUAUAACUGAUUCACUUUGCUGUACAGCAAAAAAUAACACAAUAUUGUAAAUCAACUAUACUCCAAUAAAAAUUUAAAAAAUAAAAUAAAAAGAAAGGAAAGAAAGAGAAAAGAAAAGAAAAGCCUGCCUGGGUUCAAGUCCUCCCCAGCUUUACUGAGAUGAAUCAGAUGCAAUCCUGUCCUCAAGGGUCUCAUGGGUUGGAGGGGAGAUCUCUCUGUAGAUGGAUUAUAGGCCAGUAUGAUUAACUGAUGCAAGGAAGGACCUCAAAGAAGCAGUGAAAAGGAGUGAGGCCAGAGGCUGGUGAUGGCAGGUGGAAGUGAGGGGCAUCUCAGAGGCCUUAUACCCAGAUUAAAAGCCAGGACCUGGCACUCUUUGGCUCGGGGACAGGCAGGACAGGCAUCAGAGGAAAGGUCUCUGACUCAGUCUCUGCAGGAUUGCCUGGUUCUGGGAUGCAAACAGUGGAUGGACCAGUAGGUGGAAACCAAAGGGAAAAGACUUGGCUUUUCAUGGUAAGAGCCACACAGGAUAAAUGCCUGCAUGCUCCAGGCUCCAGGCAUUGUUUCUCUGAAUAUUACCAACUGCCCUGUGAGGAAGGAGUUAUUGAUCCUGUUUUGCAAAGGAGGAAACUGAGGUUCAGAGAAAUUAGGUAUCUUGGACAAGGUUACAGAGAGCUAGAAUUCAACCCAGGUUUGUCUCUCAAGCUUGUGCUCCUAACCACCUCUCCAUGCUUCCUCUCUUCAGAAAACACUUGCAUUGAGAACCAGCUCACAGUGUGGGGGAAGGAGCUUCCCAGGACAGGUCAGAGGUGUGAUGUAGUGGUGUUUGGCACAGUGCCUGUCAUUUAGUCAGUGCUCUGCGAUCAGCAGCUGUUAUAACACUUAAUCAUGCAUCUGUCUUCUCACCUGGAGCUGGGACAGUAAUUCCUGUCACCCUGGCUUCAAGGACAUGGUGUGAACUGUGGGGUCAAUGAUGAUGGCAUUUAUGACACUCAAAGGCCAGCCCAGCCCUGCAGGCAUAGGGAGACACAUCCAGUUCCCAGCACCAGGGAAAGCUGGGUGACAGCCUCAAUCCAUCAAUGAUAACCUCAGUCCAGCCAAACUUUAUGGGCCCAGGAGGUACUUAAGUGCUGUGGGGUGAAGGCUAGCCCAGUUCCCCUUCCUCAGCACAGGCUGCUGUCCAGAGCAGGUAAGUAGAUGUGGGGUGCAGGUGAGAGUGCCCUGGGCCUUGAGAGACCAGCUUCGAGAGCAAGACUCCAAGGUGCGUGGGUCUGGUCUAGAGUUGGGUCUCCUGUCCUCAGCAGUUCAGGACCCAGUUACUCCUAGCCCUGCAAGUGGAAGAGAAGCUUGGGGAAGCUUCAUGCAUGAGAGGGUGUAGACCUCAGCUCCCUUUUGCCCCACCUCAUCCUGGUUUGACCCACACACCACUGAGUUCUAGGGGGUGUGGGUGUGCUCUGUCUGCUCUGCAGCUUCCUCCCCCUUGUCUACUGACAGAGGGUGAAGGCUGGGGUGGGGGGUGACCAGAGUUGAAGGAAUGUUGCCUGGAGAUCUAGGGUGGGUGAUGAGAAGGCAAGCUAAGGAGAAGGUUUGCUGGGGGAGAAGGACUGCUCUGGGAGCAGCUCUUGUGACCUUCUGCCCCAGGCCCCCAGCACCAUGACGGUUUCAUACACCCUCAAAGUAGCGGAGGCCCGCUUCGGAGGCUUCUCUGGCCUGCUUCUCCGUUGGAGGGGAAGCAUCUACAAGCUCCUCUACAAGGAGUUCCUCCUAUUCAUCGCCCUGUAUGCUCUGCUCAGCAUCACCUACCGGCUGUUGCUGACCCAGGAACAGAGGCAUGUGUAUGCUCAGGUGGCCCGAUACUGCAACCGCUCUGCAGACCUCAUCCCCUUGUCCUUCGUACUGGGUUUCUACGUGACCUUGGUGGUGAACCGCUGGUGGGCCCAGUACACAAGCAUCCCGCUGCCGGACCAGCUGAUGUGCGUCAUCUCGGCCAGCGUGCACGGCGUGGACCAGCGCGGCCGCCUGCUGCGCCGCACCCUCAUCCGCUACGCCAACCUGGCGUCGGUACUGGUGCUGCGCUCGGUCAGCACCCGCGUGCUCAAGCGCUUCCCCACCAUGGAGCACGUGGUGGACGCAGGUUUCAUGUCCCAGGAAGAGAGGAAAAAGUUUGAGAGCCUGAAAUCUGACUUCAAUAAGUACUGGGUCCCCUGCGUCUGGUUCACCAACCUGGCGGCCCAGGCCCGGAGGGAUGGGCGAAUCCGUGAUGACAUUGCUCUCUGCCUGCUCCUGGAAGAGCUGAACAAGUACCGGGCCAAGUGCAGCAUGCUGUUCCACUAUGACUGGAUCAGCAUCCCCCUCGUCUACACCCAAGUGGUGACCAUAGCAGUAUACUCCUUCUUUGCCCUCUCCCUGGUUGGCCGCCAGUUCGUGGAGUCAGAGGCAGGGGCUGCGAAACCUCGGGAGACUCUGGAGCCAGGGCCAGCCCUGGGGGACCUGGACAUGUACGUGCCUCUCACCACUCUACUGCAGUUCUUCUUCUAUGCUGGCUGGCUCAAGGUGGCAGAACAGAUCAUCAAUCCCUUUGGUGAGGAUGAUGACGACUUUGAAACCAACAAGCUUAUAGACCGCAACUUGCAGGUGAUUAGGGGUCUGGUGGCAGCUCACUGGCAGUCAGGCUCUCCCUCUCUGCCAGUUCUCAGCCCAGGUAUGCAGGAGAGGGGGAUCCUUGUGACCCGCUGCACAUCCCAGGUGUCCCUGCUCUCCGUGGAUGACAUGUACCAGAACCUGCCUCCUGUGGAGAAGGACCCAUAUUGGGAUGAGGACUCGGCGCAGCCGCCCUACACUGUGGCCACUGUGGCCGAGUCGCUGCGGCCUUCCUUCCUGGGUUCCACCUUCAACCUGCGCAUUAGUGACGACCCUGAGCAGAGCCUGCAGGUGGAGGCGUCCCCUGGGCCAGCCCGGCCGGUGACUGCCGCGCAGACCCCGCUGCUCAGCCGCUUUCUGGGCGUAGGAGCGCCCUCGCCAGCCAUCAGCCUCCGGAACUUCGGCCGCGUCCGAGGAGCCCCCCGGACCCCUCACCUGCUGCGCUUCCGGGCCGAGGAGGGCGGUGACCUCGAGGCCGCGGACCGCAUCGAGGAGGAAGAGGCGUCGGGGUCAGGGGACGAGGCCCAGGAGCCCUGAGCAGAGGCAGCGGGGCCGGGCCGUCUGGCUGCCUCCCCUAGGCCCUCCAGAGCUAUUAGAGCAGCACUUCCAUGCACCCUAAGCCGGAGCACUUAGGGACGACCCUUGAGGGCAGAAGAGCCUGAACCAGAGUUAGGAAUGCGUCCACUUUGGCUUGGAGGAGGUGAAGCUAGGACACAAAAGGUGAGGUAUAGAGGACUAGAGCCUAGGCGCAGGAUUAAUUUCCUCUGCAAUGCGGGGCUAGGCCGCUUCUUCAGGGAGCAUCAAUAUCACUGAAGGGCUGGUUAAAAAGUUCUGGGUAGGACUCCCAGCAUUUGACUCAUUAAAUCUGGGAUGGGGUCAAGAAUUUGCAUUUCUUUAAAAAAAUUUGCAUUUCUAAUAAGUUUCCAGGGAAUGCUGCUGCUUGCUGCUGCUGCUGCCCCAGGGAUCACAAUUUGAGUCAUACAUAAAAAGAUGUUUAGGAUAUUCCUUAUUGUGAUAACCUCACUCUGAUGAGGGGUCAAAGUGUGUGCUGGGGUACUUUUGCUUCAUCUGUCAUAUUCAAUUUUUUGUUUACAAUGAAAAUAUAUUCAUUUAUUAUUGUGCAAUUAAAAUUGCUUAAAACUGAAUUGGCUUGCUCUGCCAAAGGACUAAAGAUGAGGGUUUGAGAGUCUGCCCUGAAGCUGAUUCAACUGAGACGUGAGGGUAGUCAUACACCACCCAGCCUAGACUUCCAGCAUCUGAACCAAGCCCUUCUCUGCUCCCACCAACCAAACAGGGAGACAGGACAGUUUAAGGGGUGAAAGCUGCAGGUCCAUCUCUGCAGUAGGACCGCAGCACUCAGCUGAUGGUAAUAAGAGGGGGCAUUGUGGAAAACAGCCCCACAGAGCACUAUAUUAGAGUUGCUGCUAAACUGAGUUUCUCUAAGAUUCCUGCCUUCUAAGCUCAGCCACGACUAAAAAAAUUGGCGAAUGCCAAAACUGAACAUUAAGGCCAAAGGAAGACAAAUGCCAGAAUUCAAAGGGAGGGAGGCAUGAAGAGUGUAGGUAGAGGUUGUGAGGUCACCAUUCACUCAGAAGGCACCUGAGGUGUUUUGCUGGGUCUACAGAGGAGGUAGCCUUGCUCCAGGGUGAGAAUGGUCAUCUAUGAGGGCAGUGGAGAUGGAUAGUUGAUGAUUUCAAGGCUUUUUAGAAAAAGAACCCCUUAUCCUAUGGACUGACUACAGGGUGAAGGAGGGAAUAAACAUCAACGUCUUGUAGAGCUCAAAUUAGAAGAUGAAGGCAAAGUGUUGCUGUGCCAUGCCCAACACACAGCUCAGCAAACAUCAGCUAAUGUUCAGGUGGUAAGGGAAGAUCACUGGGUGGGAAGGCCAAGGCCAGGUCUCCCCAGAGCCAAUGGUAAGGUUUUAGAGGAC